AUGGCUCGGUUUUGGCAGUUCACUUGGUUGAUCGUAGCCGUUACGGCGACAAUCUCACAGUCCGCCACGAAUGGAAUAUCUUCCUGGGGCACCCUACCGUCACCGAAUUUACCGAGAUUCCUCAGCGACGGUACGAAGGAAGAUGUUCCUUGGGGGAACGCUGAUCCUGCCGGACCUGCCCCAGAUACUGGCGUUACCCGUCAUUAUAACUUCACAGUCACUCGGGCAUAUAAAUCUCCUGAUGGCUUCAAUAAGAGCGUCAUUCUUGUCAAUGAUCAAUUUCCGGGACCCCUGAUCGAAGCCAACUGGGGAGAUAUGAUUGAAGUGACAGUGACAAACAAUAUUGCUAGUGAAGACGAAGGGCUGACCUUACAUUGGCACGGACUGACCCAGCGCAAAACUCCUUGGUACGAUGGUGUGCCUGGAGUAUCUCAAUGUCCAAUUGCCCCUGGCGGAGGCAGCUUCACGUACACUUUUCAGGCAGAUCAAUAUGGUACUGGCUGGUAUCAUUCGCACUAUAGCGCGCAAUAUAAUGACGGCCUCUACGGGCCGAUGGUAAUCCAUGGACCUAUUCAGUCCGAGGCGGCUGAAUAUGACAUUGAUCUGGGGCCCGUCAUGAUAUCUGAUUACUACCACGUUCCCUACUAUCAGAUCCUGCAGGAAAGUUUCUCCAAACCACCCCAGGCCGUUCCCGUUGAUAAUAAUCUUAUCAAUGGAAAAGGGAUGUACGAUUGCAACGCUACUGAAACACCCCUUGACUGCGAUUCGGGCAGUGGUCUGGCACGAUUCCAAUUCCAGUCGGGGAAACGACAUCGACUCCGCCUCAUAAACACCGGCGCUCUUGCCAACCAGAAAUUUAGCAUUGAUAAUCAUGAUCUACUGGUCAUUGCAAAUGACUAUGUCCCCGUGCAGCCCUAUCGGACCAAGGUCGUCACUCUGGGGGUCGGCCAGCGCACAGACGUCAUUGUCACAGGUACGGGCUCGUCGACUGAUCUCGUCUGGAUGCGCUCCGACAUCGAUAUGGUCUGCCUGCAGAACACAGCUACCAUCUCCACGGCACGCGCGAUUAUUGCUUAUGAAGCCAUCAACGAGACUAGUCCAGUCUUGAUGCCCAACACAACCGGCCACUCCUGGAUGAGCAACAAUUGUCGCAAUGACCCCCUUAACCGCACAAUCCCCUACUACCCUCUUACACCUACCGACCCCACUACCACGCAAACCGUUACCAUCAGUGUUGGCUACAAUGAUACCGGCUUCAUCGUCAUGUUCAUGGAUAAUUCCUCCUUCCGUGUAGAUUAUAACGAUCCCAUCCUCCUCGCCACCAAACAAGGCAGCCUCACCUUCCCCACCGAUCGCAAUGUGUAUAACUUCGGCACCAACACUACCGUCCGGCUCAUCUUCAAUAAUACCUACGCUACAGCCCAUCCGAUGCACCUUCACGGCCACAACUUUUGGGUCCUAGCCGAAGGCCAAGGGAUUUGGGAUGGCCAUAUUACUAAUCCAUCUAAUCCCCUCCGCCGCGACACCCAUAUCCUGCAGCCUGGAACGGCUGAGAAUCCUGCGUACGCAGUGCUGGAAUGGCGGCAGGAUAACCCGGGCAUCUGGCCCUUGCACUGCCAUAUGUCCAUCCAUUCGAGUGCCGGGAUGGUUAUUCUGGUCAUGGAACAGCCGGAUCUUAUCCAGAAGGACAUGGAAAUUCCGACGGUCAUGAAGCAGACAUGCGAUGACUGGGACAGGUUUAGUCAUGUUGAGGUUGUGGAUCAGAUUGAUUCUGGAGUGUAA